AUGAACAAACACUUCUUAUUGCUCUUCGCCUUCUGCUGCCUCAUUGUGGCUGUGACAUCACUUCAGUGCAUAACAUGCCAACUUCGCAUGUGGAAAGACCGCUGUAGAAGAGGCUUUGGUGUCUGUACUGCUCAGAAGGAUGAGUCAUGCAUGCUUUUAAAAAUAUAUGAGGGCAAUAUUCUCCAGAUAUCAUACAUGAUGUGUCAGAAAUUCUGCGAAGACAUAACAUUUGAUAUCAGGAAUCGGACUUACAUUCAUGAAUGCUGCAACUACGAUAACUGUAACUUCAAACUCUAAGAUAUUUGCCCUCCCGAGGCCCCUUUUUGGAAUAUCCCUAAUGUUGCUCAUCCUGCACACUCUGCUGGCCCUUGCUUUCCUUCCGUGUCUGUCCUGACAAUACCCCGCCUGCUCCUUAACCUAACGAGACUAAACUAGUGUCAUCCCUUCUGGUGAUUUCAGCUUGGCUUCUCCCUCAGUCAGAGAAAAGUGGUUCUGAACAAUGGAUUUAUCCUUUUAUUGGGUUUAAUGGCAUUGUCAUACUCCAAGAAACCUGCCCCAAGAGUUCCUGUACGGUGAAAUUUAAAGCAGGGACAUUCUAGAAUCUUAAUUUGCUUAACUAGUUCAGGUGCACUGGAAAGCCUUCAGCUAAAAAUCCACAAUAUUUUUAUCUAAAAUUCCCAUGUAUCUGGACAAUGAUUAAGCAGAAAUAACAAUAAAAUGGAUGAUGGAUACUGAAGAUUUUUCUCUACAGACACCAAGUUAUUUUUACCAGCAGGCAGUGCCCACUUCAAACUCAGCCACUUUGAUUUUAUUGGCAUUUACAAACUACAUCUUUACACUGUUAUUAGAAGUUAGCAAACAAGGGACUUCCCGGCCUCUGUGACAUUCACCAAGCUCUCACUUGUAGUAGAGAGUAGCCAGUACUACUACUUUCGAGAUGCACAUUCAAGGUACAUCACAACUCUAAUUUCUUCCCCUUCCUUUUCUAAACCUUCUCUCUUCCUUUCCUCCGUUGCCAUUCAGCUUUACUAUCACCUCCCACCUCCAUUAUCACCUCCCUAUUGCCACACAAACUCUCCCUCUAUAAGCAGGAGGUCCUUCAAAGCUUUGCCCUUUGUGUUACAUGGCACUUGAGGUAUAUAACCAAGGAUGAGCUGCCUUGCAGGAUCCCUCAGCUGUAGUGCAAAGAGAGGCAAACAUAGUCAAGAUACUAUCUACCCUGUACAGCUUUCUUGAGACUUGGGGGCCUGGCUUAAAGAGAUUUGUCUGUUGCUUGCUGCUCAUCUUUAAGUAAUAAACCAACUUCACAGAA